AGAUGAAACUUGUAUGGAUAAGGAUAACGUGUUAGAUUCUUUACUAACAGCAGAGAAACUACUAGAAUUGGCGGAAGAAAAUUGAAUAUCUACUGGGGAAAAAAUAUUCAUAUUCUCGUGGACUGAAAACCAAAAAAUUUGUACUUAAAAUGGUUAUACAAAGGGGUUGGAAAAUACUAAGCGAUACUGGUUCGACAUCAGCCUCAUCUACUGAAGCAAAUAGAUCUCCAAUGGGUGGUUUAAACUCUUCCUCAGAUGAUUCAAAUUGUUCUAAUCAAACUACUCAUUCCAUGGUUACAAGUGUGGCCAGUCCUCCUAAUAGCUCAAUUAAAAUUGAAACCUCGCCAAUAACUUCAAAUGCCUCCAGUCACAACAAUACCACCAACACUAACCACCAGCAGCAUCAACAACAACCACAUAACGAAUCAAUGAAAUUUAUUACAACACCACAAAUGGCGGAAAUUACUUUGCAGAAAUUGCGCCAACGUUUUUCCAACACUACACCAAUGACAAGUUCUUCAGCUGAGUCUGCUAUGCGCUCUUUAGAACUGGUGCGAAUCGCAGUCCAGUCAGCCUUUGAUAAGGAAAUUGAUGAGAUGGUUAAACAUUUCAUAGAGUUACAAAAAAUGUCCUGUGCUCUGUUGGAAAAUGCGAAGUCUCAGUAUAAAAUAUUACGUUACAAACCUCAAUUAUCUACCGCCAGUAAUUCCAUCACCACCCUACCUAAUAUAUCGGAGAUUAGUACUAUGCGAAUGGCAUUAAAAAGGCCAGCACUGAACAAACCCACAUCGACCGUAAUUGAAAUGCAAAAGAGAUUCUUUCCCGAUAAUAUGAUAUUAAAACCAACAGUACAGCAAUCAUCGCAGCAGACACAACAAUCACUAACACCUGUUUUGCCAUCGGUAGGAACUAUAAAAGCAUCUUUGGCACAAAAUCAUCAUCAUAGUACGUCAUUUCUUCCACACCACCAACCGCAGCAACAACAACAAUCAUUGCAACAACCAGCAAUAAAUGCCGUAGAGGUGCAACAACUUCAGACGCAACAGCAACAAUCACAUCCAAGGAGACAAAUAUUCUGGAACACAGCCCACAUAUCAACCUCAACUAAAUUCGUUUUAGACGUACAGGCAAAUCAGGCAUUUGGUUUUAGCGCUGAGGGGAAAGAACGUUUAGCCAGCAAACAUCCUGAAUUAAUUCGUUAUUUGCCCGACACUGAAGAUCGUGACUGGCUGAUCAAUCAACGGAUCAUACCGCAACAGAACCGAAAUUCUCGAUUUCUGUUUCUGAUAUAUGACGAAGUGUGUCACUUAUAUCAAAACCAUGAAAUCUAUAAAAAUAAAGUAUGUAUCGAUUUAUCCGUAAUGAUGACAUUUACUGUACCCGAUUUUAUGAUUCAGAAAAUGAAAGUAUUUUUUGUUGAUUUAAAUAUUAAAAGCCGAGGACUAAUUACAAACUCAUAUUCCAUUGCUGGUGCAACAGCUGCCAAAUUACAUCAGCCUCAUCAACAAACGAAUAGCCAUUUGCGCAAUGCUUUACUUCUUGGAACCCAACAGCCAUUAGCAGCUUCCACAACAACAACGUCAAUUGUUGCCACAACUAGUGACGUUGCAUCGUCGACUGUCAUUGCAUCCUCUUCUUUGUCAGCACCUUUAGCGUCAUCUUCUACUGGCAAUAUAACAUCUACGGAAACAUUGCAACAACAAAAAUCUAAGUCAAGCAAUUUAAGCUCAUCUCAUGCUACUCUCACCGCCCUUUUAAACAAUUCCUCCUCGACAUCAGCGAAUACAUCAGUGAACUCAACAGCAAUAAGUGAAAAAUCUCUUAAUUCAUCAUCGUCUUCAACACCCACUUUAUUAAACAAAUUAAGAAAAUAAAUUACAAAAAAUAUAUUAAAAAUAAACAGUGGUUUAUUUGUAAAUAUUAUAAUAAAACAAGUAACUGUUUAAAUUCGACUAUUGCAAAUAUGUAUAUGUAUGUAUGUAUGUACAUAUCAUAAUAAUUCAUAACUAACAUUCUCAAACUGUUUCAUUCAUGAAGAAAUUUGUGUUUAUAUUUUACUUAUUUUCUUUAAUCUAUAUUAUCUAUAUGGGAAUUUCAUGUCAAUUUUUGAAACCGAUGUCUUCUGAUCGGGUACCAAUGUUAAUCCUAUUGGAAAGUAGUUUAGACAAAAAUAUUCAACAAGUCAAUGUUUGUCAUUUUUGUCAAACGUGUAUUUCUUCACAUACAUACAUAUGUAUGUAUUUACAUAUGUGUGACGCCAUAAUUUACUACAUAAUUUACAGGUAUAUAAAACUGAUUUCUGAAAAUUUUUAUCACGAUUGCAACAUAAACAACAUAUUUAUU